GGGCCCUUCCAGCCUAGAGCGCGGCGGCCAGACCGAGUUUCGAGCGCGGGGCUGUCCCCAGUUCGCGCUGUGUCCUGGACCUGGACCCUGGACCCCGGACCCCGGACCCCCGACCCCCUGUACGCUCCCUGUUCCCGCCCCGGACGCCUGUGUGCGUCCCCCAUGCGCCGCCUCGGACUCCCGCUGUUCGCUCUGUGGCUGCAAGUGGCCGCCCCCAGUGUCCCCCUUCCCCAUGUGGAGCAGUACGAGGUGGUGUGGCCCCAACGUCUGCCACAACCCCGUGCUCGCCGAGCCCUGCCCUCCCACUCGGACCGGUACCCGGAGAGUGUGAGCUAUGUCCUUGGGGCCCAAGGGCACAACUUCACCCUGCACUUGCGGAAGAACAGGGAGCUGGUGGGCUCGGGCUACACGGAGACCUACAGCACGGCCAACGGCUCCCAAGUGACGGAGCAGCUACAGAGGCAGGAUCACUGCUUCUACCAGGGCCACGUGGAGGGGCACGAGCAUUCUGCCGCCAGCCUCAGCACCUGUGCCGGCCUCAGGGGCUUUUUCCGGGCUGGCUCGACUGUCCACCUGAUUGAGCCCCUGGAUGGGGCCAGUGAAGAGGGGCGGCAUGCGCUGUACCAGGCAGAGCACCUGCAGCAGAAGGCCGGGACCUGCGGGGUCAGCGAUUCCAGCUUGGAGAAGGCCUUGGGGCCUCGGAUCUCAGCAGCCUUCAGGCCCCGGAACUGGCUGCUGCCCCGGGAAACCCGCUACGUGGAGCUGUACGUGGUCACGGACAGUACAGAGUUCCAGCUGUUGGGGAGCAGAGAGGCUGUACGCAGGCGGGUGCUGGAGGUGGUGAACCAUGUGGACAAGCUUUAUCAGGAGCUCAAUGUCCGUGUCGUCCUGGUGGGCCUGGAGAUCUGGAACCACAGGGACGGGAUUCACGUGAGCUCCCACGCCAACACCACACUGGAGAACUUCCUCACCUGGCGGGCGCAGAAACUGGCGGGGCGUUACCAGCACGACAACGCGCAGCUGAUCACCGGGGUCGACUUCACCGGGACCACCGUGGGACUGGCCAAGGUGUCGUCCAUGUGCUCCCGGGGCUCAGGGGCUGUGAACCAGGACCACCACCAGAACCCCAUCGGUGUGGCGUCCACCAUGGCCCACGAGAUGGGCCACAACCUGGGCAUGGCCCAUGACGAGAACAUUCAAGGCUGCUACUGUCCCGUGCCGCGGGAAGGUGGCGGCUGCGUCAUGGCGGCCAGCAUCGGCGUCAAGUUCCCCAGAAUGUUCAGCCAGUGCAGCCGUGCCGACCUGGAGCUGUUCGUGGAGGAGCCCCGGACGGGCUGCCUGGACAACGCCCCAGACCCUGGCCGGCUGGUGGGCGACCCCGUGUGUGGGAACUGGUUCGUGGAACGUGGGGAGCAGUGUGACUGCGGCCCACCCCAGGACUGUCGGAACCCCUGCUGUAACGCCACCGCCUGCCAGCUGGCCCACGGGGCCGAGUGUGCACAGGGCGCCUGCUGCCGGGAGUGCAGGGUGACGCCCGCCGGUGAGCUGUGCCGUCACCCAAAGGACGCAUGUGACCUCGAGGAGCACUGUGACGGCCAGCAGCCGGGGUGCCCAGAGGACGCCUUCCAGGAGAACGGCACACCCUGCCCGGGCGGCUACUGCUACAACGGAGCCUGCCCCACGCUGGCCCGGAGGUGCCAGGACCUGUGGGGGCCAGGCUCAUGGGUUGCCGUGGAAAGAUGCUACACCUACAGCAUCUCGCCCGACUGUAAGGGCGGGAUCCCCCUUGGCUCCAGCAGGGUCAACAAAUGUGGCGUCCUGUACUGUGAGGGGGGACAGAAACCCCCAGAGCAGAGCUCCUGCACCCUCACCUCCUCCUCGGCUGCUUGCCAGGCCCUCGUCCUGGAGGGAGGUGUUGGCUACGAGCCAGUGCCUGAAGGCACCAAGUGUGGCGAGGAGAGGAUUUGCUGGAAAGGACGCUGCGAGCACCUGCAAGUUUACAGAUCCAGAAACUGCUCCGCCCAGUGCAACAACCAUGGGGUGUGCAACCACAAGGAGGAGUGCCAGUGCCACCCGGGGUGGGCACCACCCCACUGCACAGAGCUGCUGCCCUCCGUGCACACAGCAACCACUGUGCGUGUAGCCGGCCACAGCACCACCCCCUCCAGGGCCUGGCCAGACCUGGCUCAUGUCACUGUGGGCCCGGGGCCAGCUACCACUAAGCCCUCCAACUCAUCAUCUGAGAGCCUGGAGUGCUGUUGGUCCAGGAGCCUCCUGAUGGUCGUGCUGGUGCCUGCGGUGCUCCUGGUGGCUCUGGCCCUCCUGGCAGGUGCAGUCAUCUACCGAAAGGCCUGGGGCCGCAACCCUUGGGGGACUGCAGCACCCAAGACCGCCAUUGGGCUCUCCAACCCCCUGUUCCACGAGGGGCGCGGUGUGCCAGCCAAGGGUGGGGCUCCGGGCCCCCACCACCACCCCAGCCAGCCCGCCAGGCCCGCGGUCCCCAGGGCGACCCCCAAGCAGCCGCCCCCUGCUCCUCCAGCCGCCACGUCCAAACCCCCCUCCACAGUUCCUGUGUACACCUGGCCGCCCCCAGACCAGCUCAGACCUGCUCCGCCUGCCAAGCCCCUCCCUGAACUGAAGCCCAAGCAGGUUGUCAAGCCGAUCUUCCCACCCCCGAUGCCACCGGUCAAGCCUGGGGCUGGAGGAGCCCAUCCUGGACCGCCGCCACAGGGCGUAGUCGGUCCCAAGGCUGCUCUGAAGCCACCGGUGCAGAGAAGGUGACUCGGGUGCCAGGCCCCGGCCGCAGCGGGGCAGAUGUCCUUCAUGUUGAAGGGACCGGGCCUGCCCCGCUCUCUGUCCCAGGGGCCGGGUCGCUGUGAGAACUGCUAACUGGGCCGGACUCGCUCUCCACCCCCACCCCCACCCCGCCCGCCGUGCCCCCUGCCCGGAUCCUCGCGCUCCCCCCACCCCCACCUCCGGGCUCCCUGCCCUCCGCCCUCGCCCUCGGAGGGGCCGGGUCCGCUGUGAGAAGUGCCAACAGAGUUGGCAGGGCCGGGACCCCGAGAGGCACCUGCGGCCCCCGCUGCUGCUCUGGAGGCCCCUGGCGCGCCUGCAACCGAAACCGCAAUGAAAAGUGUGUAUUUUAUGACAGUUAUUGAUCGAGUUCUCAAUGACGCGAGAUUCUUAUUAAAUCGAUGAAAGAGUGUGUGCUCAAUAACGUGGAAUUCAACUGAUAACACGUAAGGGCCCUGUGCUUGUUAAAAUAAAAUGAACACUGGAAA